AUGGCAUACAGUUGCUACAUCGAGGCGUUACGCAUAGAUCCUCAUUUUGCAAUUGCAUGGUCAAACCUUGCUGGUCUGUUUAUGGAGGCAGGAGACCUCGACAAAGCUUUAAUGUAUUAUAAGGAAGCUGUUAAGCUUAAGCCAUCUUUCGCCGAUGCAUAUCUUAACCAAGGGAAUGUUUAUAAGGCUUUGGGAAUGCCUCAAGAUGCCAUUAUGUGUUAUCAACGUGCACUGCAGGCACGUCCUGACUAUGCUAUGGCUUAUGGUAAUCUUGCUACUAUUUACUAUGAGCAAGGCCAGCUUGAUAUGGCAAUUCGCUGUUACAAUCAAGCUAUAGUCUACGACCCACAGUUUGUUGAAGCAUACAACAACAUGGGCAAUGCACUUAAAGAUGCUGGAAGAGUAGAAGAAGCAAUCAACUGCUACAGAUCCUGCCUUGCACUGCAAGCAAAACCACCGCAAGCCCUUACUAACUUAGGAAACAUAUACAUGGAGUGUAUAGAUCCUACAGCAGCUGAUGCACUAGUUAAUAGAGGGAACACAUUCAAAGAGAUUGGCAGAGUUAAUGAAGCAAUUCAGGAUUAUGUUCAGGCAGCAACAAUUAGGCCAAACAUGGCAGAAGCCCAUGCCAACUUGGCCUCAGCAUACAAGGACAGUGGGCAUGUAGAAACAGCUAUAGUUAGCUACAAACAGGCUCUCCGGCUGCGCCCUGAUUUUCCUGAGGCAACCUGUAAUCUCCUGCAUACUUUACAGUGUGUCUGUGACUGGGAAAACAGAGAUGCCAUGUUCCAUGACGUUGAAGAAAUUAUUAGAAGGCAGAUAAAGAUGUCAGUACUUCCAAGUGUCCAACCUUUCCAUGCCAUUGCUUAUCCUAUCGAUCCAAUGCUUGCUUUGGAAAUAAGCCGUAAAUAUGCGGCCCAUUGUUCCUUGAUCGCCUCUCGUUUUGGUCUACCGCCUUUUGCGCAUCCACCUCCUGUUCCUGUAAAAGCAGAGGGUAAACACUGCCGACUGAGAGUAGGAUAUGUGAGUAGUGAUUUUGGAAAUCACCCCCUUUCCCAUCUCAUGGGAUCAGUAUUUGGAAUGCAUGAUCGUGCCAAUAUCGAGGUCUUCUGCUAUGCACUCAGUCAAAAUGAUGGUACUGAGUGGAGGCAGCGUAUUCAGUCUGAGGCAGAACAUUUUGUUGAUGUUUCAGCCAUGACUUCUGAUAAUAUCGCUAGACUUAUCAAUCAAGAUAAAAUACAGAUAUUGAUAAAUCUUAAUGGCUACACAAAGGGUGCCAGGAAUGAAAUUUUUGCAUUGCAGCCAGCACCUAUCCAAGUUUCGUACAUGGGGUUCCCUGGAACAACGGGAGCUGCAUACAUAGACUACUUGGUCACAGAUGAGUUUGUUUCUCCAACUAGAUAUGCACAUAUAUAUUCAGAAAAGCUUGUCCAUUUGCCUCAUUGCUAUUUUGUCAAUGACUACAAGCAGAAAAAUCGAGACUGUCUCACUCCUGUAUGUCCACACAAAAGAUCUGAUUAUGGAUUACCUGAGGAUAAAUUUAUUUUUGCUUGCUUCAAUCAGCUUUACAAAAUGGAUCCUGAGAUAUUUGACACAUGGUGCAAUAUUCUCAAACUUGUUCCCAACAGCGCAUUAUGGCUCUUAAGAUUCCCGGCAGCUGGUGAAACUAGAGUGAGAGCACAUGCUGCUGCAAGAGGAGUAAGAUCAGAUCAAAUUAUAUUCACAGACGUUGCCAUGAAAAAUGAGCAUAUACGACGCAGUGCACUGGCAGACCUUUUCCUGGACACCCCCCUCUGCAAUGCACACACAACAGGCACUGACAUACUGUGGGCUGGUCUGCCGAUGAUCACCCUUCCACUAGAGAAAAUGGCAACCAGAGUAGCUGGUUCCCUUUGCGUAGCUACCGGGCUUGGGGAGGAGAUGAUUGUUAGCAGCAUGAAGGAGUAUGAAGAUAGAGCUGUAGACCUUGCGCUAAAUCCAGUGAAGCUUCAAGCAUUGACUAACAAGCUCAAGGAAGUUCGUAUGACCUGCCCGUUGUUCGAUACAGCUCGAUGGGUGCGCAAUCUUGAAAGGGCUUACUACAAGAUGUGGAACCUUUACUGCUCCAGUCGCCACCCGGAGCCAUUCAAGGUGUUAGAGGAUGACAAUGAGUUCCCGUUUGACCGCUAA